AUGGCGCAUUCGUUCGACCCGGCCCAAGCCCCCUUGACCGGCUAUCUAUCGGCCACCAUGCCAGUCCAAGAGCCGACUCAGAUCCCUGCCUACUCGGUCUUCGGUGCUGGCCAGUAUCCCGACAGUGUGGCCUUCUGGCACAACGCCCCCCCGCAACUAGUCAUCCCUCCGGCUCCGCCGUAUCCCCGGGCUCCACCGAAGCAACCGCAACAGCCAUCGCUGCUGCAACCCAUAUCCGAUCAGAAAAAGCACAAGCGCACAAGAAGCGGCUGCUUCACUUGCCGAUCCCGCCGGAUCAAGUGCGACGAGACCCGCCCAAUUUGCGAGAGAUGCCGCAAGGGAAAUCGCGACUGUGUCUAUCCAUCGCCCACCGCGACGGGCACAUCCUCCAAGGCUGGCACACGCUCGGGGUCGAAGCCGAGAGCGCAUCGCCCGCCGUCGCAGGGAAGCGAUUCGUCCAGCCACCUGGAACUGGACGAUAUUCAUACGUUGGAGCCGAUCGUGGAUGAGGGCGAAGCAGAAGAUGGGAGUGUUGGAUCGGGUCCCCUCUUGUCCCCGUCAUCGAGUUCAGUCCCACCGGGAACCAAACCAGGUGUCGCGAAAAAAAGGAGUGUGCAAUCAUUGUGGAGGCGCAGAACGAAACAACCAGCGGGCGAGCCGAGUCUUCCGCACGCAGAUGGUAGCAGUUCGCCUUCAACCGAGGCAUCUUCGAGGUUUGAGUCUAUGAGUGCGCGAUCGGCCAGUGUGGGACUGUUCGGUUCAGAGUCGCUCGGCCCUCCUGGCGCUUCGCAUCUCCCAGACGAUAUACGAUUCUACCUUGCCUUUCAUCAAGAUCACAUGUCCUAUCGUCAUUAUUUCUUGAAGUCAACUUUUGACCGCUUUUUCCGUCAGAGCAUAAUCCAAGCCGCUCUGCAAUACGAACCUCUUCUGUAUGCAGUCGUUGGUUUCGCAGCAUACCAUCACUCCGUGCAGACCAGUACCGGGAAGCUCUAUAUCUUUCUCCAGUACUACGACAAAGCUUUGAAGCUUUUGCGAAAGUCCUUGGCAUCUGGGGAGCCGCAUUGUGAGCCAAUGCUAAUCACCGUUCUUGCACUUACAACCUUCGAGGAAUUUAUUGGCGAUUGGGUAAACCUGAUUGACCACCACCAAGCCGCCCAUGCUCUUGUUCGCGAGCUCCUGACGCCGGAGUCUAUCAAAACCAAUGAAUUGCACAGCGAUCUCUUUUGUUGGCAUGCCCGAUUCGACAUCGUCGCGGGACUCUUGGCUGGAAAUGAGACGGUCCUCAGUCGGGAGUGGUACAUGGCCAAAGAAGAAUAUGAUGCUCAGCAAGCUGCCCUAUUUCCUGAAGAUCCCCAGAAGCAAAUCGCACUUGCUUCAUCAAUCAACCGUCGAUUUGGAUUAGAGAUGGCCUCGUUGUAUGCAAAACUAUCGCGUGGCUUGAUUCCGAUCGAAGACUUCACCGUUCAAAACGAGCAGCUUGCCGAGCUGUUGGAGCGAAUGAAACUCAUCCUCGAACUAUUCAACGAUUCGGAAUACGUUGUCACCAACUUCCCAAACAAGGAACCUUUGACGGAUGACGAUAUCGUUGAUCUCUAUGUUCCAGGCAGUCUUCAUACCGGUCCUUUAUGGGAGAUCAACUUCGCUUGGUUGGACUACCUUGCCGCAAAAGCGAUGUUCAAGUAUCAGUCCUUAUUAGCCAUCCAACAAUCAUCCAUGGCGGAGCUGGAAAGCCUCGCCAUGGAACAAUGUCGGCGUAUUGAAACAAUCGCACGGUGGCCCGAGAAAGAGAGUGGCUAUAUGUUCGCGUUUAAGAACUCCGUAGGAAUGGCGAGUAUGUUUCUCCCUAGAGACAACAGGCAUGUGAUGUGGGCCCGUGAGAAGUUCGCGAAGAUGGAGCAAAAUGGGUACAUCACGCCUCCAAAGUUUCGUGCUGGCUUGGCGGUUCUAUGGCAUCUGCCCGAAAUCAACCACUGGUGGCUUCCAGACGAUUCAGGCUACCCGGAGAUCAUCCGUGAGGUUCGCGCGAUGACAGAAGAAAGGACAGUCCACGCUAGAGAUGACUUUCGGGAAAAUGUUCGCAAUAUGAGAACCAUGUUCUGGAAACUGAAUUUCGACGACACUGAGAGCGAGACGAGUCUGGCGUCUAUCGGUCCGGAUGCUCCUUGA